GUUACUUAAGAAUUCUGAAAACAAUCCAUCCUUUGUCAAACCAAUAGUGGGUCACGCCGAAUCGGUACUGAUAUACCUAUUCAUAUGUUCAAUAUUGUCUGAAUACUCUGCUGGGGAAAACAUGGUGGAUGCAUUGACGGACGAGGAAAUUUUGGAAUUCCGCGAAGCCUUCAGUCUUUUUGACAAGGAUGGUUCUGGAAAUAUUUCUGGGGGUGAGCUUGCGUCAGUGAUGAAAUCUUUGGGUCAAAACCCUACCGCCGCUGAGCUGGACGAACUCAUCAACGAAGUGGAUCAAGAUGGCAAUGGGGAAAUCGACUUCAACGAAUUCCUUCAGAUGAUGUCGAAGAAGAUGAAAGAGACGGAUACAGAAGAUGAAAUUCGUGAGGCGUUCCGAGUGUUUGAUGAUGGCGGAAGUGGAUCCAUUAGCUCCAACCAGCUGUUACUUAUCCUAACAACCAUGGGUGACAAGCCGAGACUGACAGAAGAAGAGGCAAAAGAGGCUGUCAAAGUGGCCGAUAUAGACGGGGAUGGGGAUAUUAAUUACAUUGAGUUUAGGGAAGCUUUCAGUCUUUUUGACAAGGAUGGUGACGAGACCAUUACGACUAAAGAACUGGGAACGGUCAUGAGAUCGCUCGGUCAGAAUCCAACGGAAGCGGAACUGCAGGAAAUGAUCCUGGAAGUGGACGUGGAUGGUGACGGAACAAUAGAUUUCGAUGAAUUUCUACAAAUGAUGGCGAAGAAAAUGAAAGACACAGAUUCGGAGGAGGAACUAAAAUCAGCCUUCAAAGUGUUUGACAGAGACAAUGUAGGGUUUAUCAACGGGCAAAACUUACGCAACGUAAUGACAAAUCUGGGAGAGAAACUGACAGAUGAAGAAGUGGAUGAGAUGAUUCGUGAGGCGGAUCUGGACGGGGAUGGCUUGAUAAAUUAUCAAGAAUAUCGAGAAGCUUUUAAUUUAUUCGACAAAGAUGGCGACGGGAGCAUCACAACUAGUGAGCUGGGCGUGGUCAUGAGAUCUCUGGGUCAGGAACCUACCGUCAAAGAGCUAGAGAACAUGAUUAAAGAAAUCGACGAGGAUGGAAAUGGUGCCAUAGAUUUCGAUGAAUUUUUACACAUGAUGGCGAAGAAGCAAGCAGAAUGUCCAGAUCCGGAAGAGGAGUUGAGAGAGGCGUUCCAAGUGUUUGACAAGGAUGGGAACGGUUAUAUUAGCAAAGAGGAGCUUCAUCAAGUAAUGAACAAUCUGGGCGAGAAGCUGACGGACGAGGAGAUAGCUGACAUGAUUAGGGAGGCGGAUGUAGACGGCGAUGGACAGGUCAAUUACCGGGAAUUUGUCAGUAUGAUGGAGAAACCUUCCAACCUUUCCGCCAGUACAUGAUAUAUAAAUUUCAAAGGCAACAGAGGAAGUAUCGCUGCUAUUGAUGGUUAACACCGAGCUAGCAAUUUCUAUAGGGCUUCGUUCUGUUAGACGGAGAGCGAAACACUACACGAGUGCUGGCUUCACUAAUCAUGUUAUUCUAUUUUUAAAUUAAUAAUUAUAAUGUUAUUAAGGCGCGGAUCAUGUGGUUUUAAGGUGUGUAGAUGCAAGUGUUUGGUUUGUUUGUAUUUUCACUUUUUAUUCUAAUGAAUCAGCUUAAAGAUGUAUUUGGCACAUUCCAGAUGUUUGGUUUUUCUCAAUAAAUUAUCUAACAUGAA